AUGCCUAAGGUACCGACCCCCGGAAGAAUGCUUUACCCGCGCCAAGUGCCAACAGACUCACUGCUUGCUGCAAGCGAAGCUGACUUAGCGUUAUCGUAUCUCGAUGCUUUACGCACUUACGCGCUAGAACUGACUUCCAACCCCGCGGCACCUACAGAAAUCUAUAUAAUGUGGACCCCUGCAUUACCGCUCUUCUACUUACCCAGCGCGGAUGUACGUUUCACUAGUGCCUCACAUGACAAGGCAACGGAACUAAGUCAAGUCACUUAUUCCGCGUUUGGCUCGACCAAUCAACUCGCAAUGCGCCUCCCAAAUGUGUACUGUCAACUUUCGUACGUCAUGGCCUGUCAUCACGCGACCGAUCCUCCUACACACAACAGGAACACGACAGACUUAGCAGAACAAACUCCUAAAACACUCACUGGAUUUCUCAAAAACGAAAAAUUAAUUAGUGAUGAGCCUCCUACACACAAUGGGAACACGACAGACUUUGCUGAACAAAAACACUCACGGGAUCCCUCAAAAACGAAAAAUUAA